CGGAAGGCAGGGAGUGAGAACCCGGAAGUUGGCCGGCUGCUGCUGUCUGCGUUAUAACAGUUGCUAGUUAUCAGUGUCUCUGGUUGCCGGUGGUGCCGGUAUCGCAGGGAGCGAGAUGGCAGCUGACGAGAAGAUGGAGGUGACGGUGAAAACCUUGGACUCCCAAUCUCGCACCUUCACAGUGGAUGCAGAGAUAACUGUGAAGGACUUUAAGGAUCACAUAUCUUCCUCGGUUGGCAUCCCUCCAGAGAAGCAGCGGCUCAUAUAUCAAGGUCGUGUGCUGCAGGAAGAUAAAAAGCUGAAGGAAUACAAUGUGGAUGGGAAGGUCAUUCACUUGGUGGAGCGUGCGCCUCCUCAGACACAGACCACUAAUGGGGGAGCUUCUGCGUCAUCCAGCACAUCUUCCAGCUCUAGUGGUGGCGCUGCAGGCGGAUCAGGGCCUGGUGGUCCUGAGAGGAACGGAAACAGCUACGUGAUGGUGGGAGCGUUUAAUCUGCCGCAUGUCAUGUCGGGUCUGGGUGAGGCUGGCAGAGCCCCACGUGUUUCCACAGUCAGUGGGAAUGAUGGCUCCUCUCUUGAUGUACAUAUAAACUUGGACCAGCAGCUCCCCAUCCAGAGUGAGCCUCGCGUUCGUCUUGUUCUGGCGCAACACAUAUUGCAAGAUAUUCAAUCAAUAUUGGAUCGCCUAGAGCAACAACCUAGCAAUGAUCCGGCAGCAGAACCCAUGGAAACAGCAGGACCUGAAGGUGAAUCAGGAACUCGGGAGACACCAUCCCAAAGUGCACCAAGCUCGGAGGGACAAGCUGGUGCAGCACCAACAAGCCACCCGACCCCAACGGAGUAUGUUGAGAUCCUCCAGUCUUUAUCCCGGGUGGAAGAGCGCCUGGCUCCCUUCAUGGAGCGCUACCGGGAGAUCAUCAGCAAUGCUACCAACGGCGCCUAUGAGAAUGAGGAGCGAGAACAGUCGCAGCGAAUUAUAAAUCUUGUUGGCGAGUGUCUUCGGCUGUUAGGGAACGCUUUGAUCGCAGUGUCUGAUCUGCGGUGUAAUCUAUCCAUGGCCACACCUCGCCACAUGCACGUGGUCCGACCCAUGUCACACUACACAGGUCCUAUGCUGCUCCAGCAGGCAGCCAUCCCUAUACAGAUUAAUGUUGGUACCACGGUGACAAUGACGGGGAAUGGAGCCCAUGGCGGUCAGACAACCAGCGAAGGAACGACAACCUCAACCACUCCUAAUAGCAGUUCUGAAACAACACGUGGAGCCAGUGACACCGCGGCCCCUCCUUCUGCAGACUCCGCCCCACCUCAGGCCCCACCUACCUCUGCUCCUCCUCCGCACCCACGCGUUAUACGCAUCACACACCAGACAGUGGAACCAGUCAUGAUGAUGAUGAAUAUCCAAGAAUCGGGACCCGGGGGGUCAUCAAAUAUUCCCCCGACCUCAGGAGGUGGUGGCGCACAUAUACACAUGCCUGGGUUACCUCCUGAAUUCAUGCAGGCCAUUUCCCACCAGAUCACCCAGCAAGCCAUGGCUGCUGCGUCAGGGCAGCAAAUUCCUGGAUUUCAGGCUGCUUCUCCUCGUUUUGUAUUCACAAGGCCCGCUGCUCCUCCUCAUCCACCCCAGCCUGGAACCACGACCACCACACCUCCCACUGGAUCAGGGACUUCUCCUGGGGCAGGGCCCGGGACAGCGGCUGCUCCAAGCUCCCUCACACAGAUGAUCAGUGGCCUAGUGGGGCAACUGCUCAUGCACCCGGUCAUUGUAGCUCAGAGUGGCGGCACAACCAGCACCUCUUCCUCUUCAUCUACUUCCACUUCUUCCAGCACGGCAUCGACCACCACCACCACGUCGUCGGCCUCCACCUUACCAAGCACUCCCUCUCCUCCCUCAGCCCCCUCUGCUCCCUCUGCUCCAUCCUCACAGCCUCCUCCUGGUCUGGAGCAGCAGCUCUCCCAGCUCCUGGGCUCAUUUCUGGGCACUGCAAGCUCCGGCGUGGCCAACAUUGCAAUGGGAUCGCCAAGCAUUGCCGUGGCCGUUCCUGGAAUGCCGGCGUUCAUGCAAGGCGUCAAUGAACUAUUGCAGGCUACACAAAAUGUCAACGUGUCCGUCACACCACCUCAGUCGUUUCCACAGCCCCCUGCGUCUGCACCUCCACCUCCUCCACCCGCUGCCUCGGCACAACCACAAGCGGCUGGACCAGAUUCCCUCCCACCGGAGUUCUUCACCAGUGUGGUCCAGGGUGUUCUGUCCUCUAUGCUGGGCUCACUCAGUGCAGCGGAUCAGAGCGGGACAGAGAGCAUUGCAGCUUUCAUCCAGCGCCUCAGUGGUUCCCCCAACAUCUUCCAGCCAGACACAGAGGGGCCUGCAGGCUUCUUUGGUGAUCUCCUGUCCCUCAUCUGUCAUCACUUCUCACUGGUGGAUGUCGUGAUGUUGUUACAUGGCCAGUCCCAGCCACUGCAGAACCUGCAACCUCAGCUGCGAUCUUUCUUCCUGCAGCAAUAUCUGCGACAAGCUGACCCCACACCACAGAAUAUUCAGAUGGCAUCACGGAAUCUUACCAACGGAUUGGAAGAAUACAUCCGCGAGAGCUUUGCCACUGCCCCCGUUCGCGAAGAUGUCGACAUCACAAGAACGAAUCUGGAGUUCCUUCAGGAGCAGUUCAAUCGGAUUACAACGCACAUCCUACACUGUGCAGACGCCACAUUCGGACAGCGGCUUCUGGAGAUGUGUAACCAGUCAUUGUUUGAGUGGCUUGCCCUGAAUUUAUACUGCCUGCGAGGAGACCAGCACGCUCUCACAUCCGUCAUCAACGAGAGAAUCAGGAGACUCUCCACCGAUGUUUCUCCUGCAUUAGUUUCCUGGGUGACUUCCGUCCUGUCCCUGCGACUGCAAGCUCUUCUGGGCCAAAUGCCGGUGACGGAAGGAGAGGUGCAGAGGCACGUCCGCAGAGCGGGGGACCCUCCUCGGGUUACAGAGCUGUCCCCUCAGGAGCAGCCAAUGGAGACCUCUCCGCCUGAGGCCCAGCCGGGUGUCUCUUCUCCAGCCCCUGCCACCACAGUGGAAGAAGUCCUCUUUCUGCCCACUCAGGCUUCAGCACCAGUUCUAUGCCCGGACUCCGAGCUCCCCCAACAAGAAGAGGCCGGGUCUGAGCCAUGGGCAGCAGCGGUGCCACCAGAGUGGGUCCCCGUCAUUAGGCAGGACAUUCAGAACCAACGGAAGUUAAAGCAGCAACCACCACUGAGUGACGCCUACCUGAGCGGGAUGCCUGCCAAGAGACGUAAGACAAUGCAAGGAGAAGGCCCUCAUCUCUCCCUCUCGGAGGCUGUGAAUCGGGCAGCGAAGUGCACAGGAGCCAAACCAGAGACCAGUAUGGAGAGUCUGAGGAGAGAGCUGGACAACAGUGAGGUACAAGGCCGAUACAGGGAACAGCUGUGUCAGGAUAUCCAGAAAAUUCUACAAGACAACGAGUCGUAUAAUCCUCAGAGGUUCCCGAACACGCAGAGAGCAUUCAAGGGGGACCCCUAGACCUCCAGGCCCCUCUCCUGUGUAUUCCUAAUAAAUUGUCCUACGUGUACCUCAGUUCUGUUGUAUGGAUAUGGCUUACAUGACUUGUACCCCAGUAUCGAGACUCCUACUUGUUCACUGUGUUCCCCCCUCCAUGUUUGAAACCUGUUGUGCUACAAGACUCACACAAAGCUUUUAUAUGGAACUCCCCGUCUGCAUCAAGAAGCUCAGCAGGUCCGGCAGACAUCGGAAAUCAUGACUUCACGUCUACGCCGAGAUCGGCCUGGAAACAGAACGCACUUUUCUUACUGCUAUGAAUGGGGGGGGAUUUCAGUGUGUAAUGGCUGCUCUACUCCCCCUUUUAAAAGCAACGCACAGUCCCUGUGUAACCCGCCCCCCACAAAUUUAUUACCCCUAAAUAAAAGUCUUCUGAGACAACA